UAGCCACAGUCUUCGGUAAGACCCCUCCACCUACAAGUUGCAAGAUUUAUAUGUUCAUGAAUUGCAAUUUCAACAGCAACCUUUUGGAGAACGAAGCUGGAAGGAUAAGUUUUCCAUGGGCCAGGCCAUGCGAUGGAUGCCAUGCAGCACCAAGCACAGUAUACUGCUGUGCUGAUGCUGCAUAUCUCUGUGCAUCUUGUGACACACAGGUUCAUUCUGCUAACCGUGUGGCAUCACGCCAUGAGCGUGUGCGUGUCUGCGAAACCUGUGAGAGUGCACCAGCAGUGCUGGCAUGCCAUGCAGAUGCAGCAGCACUAUGUACCGCCUGUGAUGCACAGGUGCACUCUGCCAACCCAAUUGCUCAGAGGCACCAACGAGUGCCUGUGCUGCCACUCCCAGCUGUUGCCAUUCCAGCUGCCUCUGGCUUCGCGGAGGCAGAAGCUUCUGUCACUGCCCAUGGCGAUAAGGAAGAGGGAGAGGAAGUGGACUCUUGGCUCCUCAGAAGAAAUUCUGAUGACAACAAUUGUGCCAACAAGAUAGAUCGAUACUACAACCUUGUCGGAUACAAUAUGUAUUACGACAACAUCACUUGUGACCCAAGACCAGAAGAACAAUACAGAAUGCAAGAACAGCAUGUGCAGAACAGGUACAUCGAGAAGGAAGGGUGUGAGUGUGUAGUACCUCCACAAGUCGUCAUGGCAAGUGAGCAGCAAGAGAGCGAUUAUGGAACUAUAGGAGCAGGGCAGGCUGCCUCCGUUACCGCUAUGACCAGUACCUACACAGCUUCCAUCAGCAAUGACAUAUCUUUCUCAUCAAUGGAGGUGGGUAUAGUACCGGACAACUCCAGACCAGAUAUCUCAAACAGCAACAUCCUGACUAGCAGUGAAGCCAUGGAGCUCUCAGGCCAUUCACUUCAGAUGCCAGUGCACUUCAGCUCCAUGGACAGAGAGGCCAGGGUCCUCAGGUACAAGGAGAAGAAGCAGACGAGGAAGUUUCAGAAAACCAUAAGGUAUGCAACAAGGAAAGCAUAUGCAGAAGCACGACCACGGAUCAAGGGUCGAUUCGCUAAAAGAUCAGAUAUAGAGCAUGAGGAAGACCACAUGCUGUCACCACCAGCCCUACCAGAUACUAGUAGUUAUAAUACUGUUCCAUGGUUCUGACGUAAUGAGAUAACAAAAAAUGUGUUGACAGACACAUGGAAUGAUGGACACUGUAAUCAUAUGGUUCAGUGCAUUGUGCAAGUGUCCAAAAUCUCUUGUAAAUCAUUUAAGUAUGCUCUGAGACCAUAUGAAGACAAAUCAGUGUGUGGUCCAACGUAAAUGUGAAGUGUGACAUAAGAGAAAACAUGUAACAACAAUUCCAGUAUUUCACGCGAUUAUCAAGAAUAGCAACAAAGGUUGAGACUUCUACUGUUAAUAGCAUUUUUACAUGUCAAGAUGAACAACUCUGCUUUACCUUGGGUAAACAUGGAGCAUAGUAGUUACUAAUAACAUAACAUAUUUUGAACCACAUAGGUCCAAUAUCAGUGAUCUGCGAGGACAUUAAAUAAGAAACAUCAUGGCCUAACAUUAACAGACAUACAUAACAAUAAACCAUGGUUAUGCACUUCUGGGAGAAUAAUUACUACUAUGGGCUAAUGAUAUGUGCAGGUUCACACACAAUUUCGAUAACGGUUUACGACAUCAGUUUUGAAACAUGCAAAGGCACCAGAAUGAGAUUUCUUGGCUAGUGCAGUAUGGAUUAUUAAAUCCUUCUCUGAGAAAGGGGCGUAGUUGCACUACACUCCCUUGCUAUGUCAAGUAAAAGUGAUCAUGAAUU